AUGAGUCAAGAUACUUUGACCACUGAGAUACGCUCUGUUCCGACCGAUCAGAGUUUCCCUGUUACAGAGGCGAUUCGGUCUCGCCGAACGAUUUUUCAGUUUAAGCCGGGCCCAGUGCCCCAAGAUGUUCUCGAAGAUAUUCUUGAGGCAGGUAUCUGGAGUCCCAAUCACCAUCUGACCGAACCGUGGCGAUUCACUGUCAUUGGCGAAGAAACGAAGUUAAUCCUCGCUGAACGGUAUCGUGAAAUCCAAAUUGAAAAAAUUACGUCCAACCCAAAAGCAGCAGCAGCUGCAGAUGAGGAAACCCUCGCCAAGGUUGGGGAGCAAGGGUUCAAGAAGUUUACUUCCAAACCCACAAUUGUGGCAGUUUCGUGCACUCAAGAUGGUGACGAGCAACGGAAGCGCGAAGACUACGCGGCAACCUGCUGCGCUAUGUUGAACAUUCAACUUGCCGGGUGGGAGCGAGGGGUCGGAAUGCAAUGGAGCACCGGUGCCAUCACGAUGGAGCAGAAUACCUACGAUCUGCUCGGUAUGGAUGCCGAUCAGGAGUAUAUCAUCGGAUUUUAUUAUAUGGGCUAUCCGGCUGAAGUGCCCUCGCUUGAGCGAAAACCCUUGAGUGAGCAAGUCCGAUGGACAAAUUAA